AUGGCCGACACGGCCAGCAUGAACACGAUGAAGACGUUUUUCUCUGUCGGCCUGGAGACGUAACAGUUGACUGGAUGUGGACACGGCCAGGCCUGACACAGAGACAGACAGAGAACACGUACAGAGGAUUGAGGAAGACGCCAUACAGGAAGUACUGGAGGCACAGAAACACCACCUGUGUGGACAGCAGACGGACGUCUUCACUGAUCGCUGCUGAUCUGAACUCGUCUGAUUCGAUAUUUGGAAAUCUGGACAUGAGACUGACGGACUGACCUCGGCACGGCACGGACACUCCAGUAUUAUUCAGAGAGUAGUAUUCACAACGAGAGUAGUACUACAGCAGCAGCAGUAUCAGUAUGUUGACCGUCUCAGUGCUCCUGCUGCCGUUGCUCCUCUCCUCUCUCCUCGUCUCCUCCUCUCCUCUGGCCAAGGAUCAGUCGGUGUGUGCGAGGACUUCCUGCGGUGCGGGUCGAGAGUGUGUAUCGACCGACAGAGGAGAGCCAGUCUGUCGCUGUCUGCAGAGCUGCGACGUGACCGAGCACUGGGUGUGCGGCAGUAACAGCAAAUCCUACAGAAACCACUGCGAGCUGCACAGAGACGCCUGCAUCACCCAGACCAAGAUACACGUGGAUCACCGAGGACGCUGCGUGGAGAAACCGACACAGGCGGACGUGAGCCCGAUCGUGUGUUUCCUGUCGGAUCGGGAUUGGCUGAGAGAGAGAGUGAUCCAGUGGAUUCAGACGGAGGUCGGGUCAACCGACGGCGACUCGAACGUGACCUCGGCCAACGACGUCCUGCAGACGUAUUUCAAGACGUACGACAACGGAGAUUCAGAGCUCGACUCCAAAGAGUUCCUGAGCUUCCUGAAACACAACGAGACGGCCCUCAACCUCACGUACUCGAAUACUCUGGAGACAAACCUGUUACUGAGGUCUCUGUGUGUCGACGCUCUGAUCGAGCUGUCGGAUGAAAACGCCGACUGGAAGCUGAGUUUAACUGAGUUCAUCAACUGUCUGACACCCAGCUACCAUCCAUAUGAGAGAAAGUGUGCUCUGGAGGACGAAGUGUUCGAGGACGGAGCCGAAACUCGGAUGGAGUGUAACAAGUGUGUGUGCGCCUGUGGAAACUGGGUCUGCACGGCUCUGACCUGCACAGGAGAACAUCUCAUAGAGGAGGAUGUGAAGGAGGGAGCAGAAGAAGAGGAAAUGACAGAAGAGGAGUGGAGCAGGAGAGUGGCUGAGCUCAACGCUUCACAGGUGGACGGUCGACAGCAGCAGACGUAGCAGCAGCAGCUGAUAUCACUGACUAGUCCAACAACAGUCAGCCCAGAACCAGAACCAGACCCAGCAGCAGCUGAUAUCACUGACUAGUCCAGCAGUC